AUGGACCCCUCAGCACAGCUUCCCCAGAGCGGCCCGCUGGUCCAGGGCAUGCACGGCCACAAGCACACCGUCAAGCACCAACGCAGACCCAAGCGGGGCGGCGAGUACCCGCUCCCCAUAUGGUGGCACAUCGGGCUCUCGCUCACCUCCGCGCGCGACCUCUGCCGCCUCGCGCGAUGCAACAAGACGAUGUGGUCGCUCUUCUCCUUCGAGCGCGCCGCCUUCGAGGCCCGGCUGUACCGGGAAAUCUCCGCCGCCCUGCCGAGCUUCCACCUGUUCACCGCGCCGCGCAGCUCGUGCGUCGAGCGCGCCAUCCGCGCCCGCUACCCCAUCCCCGACCUCGAGCGCCUGAUCCUCGGCUGCAACGCCGUCAGCGACACGUACCUGCACGGGAUGGAGAUCGAGUGGGGGGACACCCAGCCCGCGCUGUUCGUGGCGGCGGAGAUCGGGCACCUCGACGCGAUGGAGUGUCUGCUGAAGAACGGCACGCCCAUUAACCUGCGCUUCGGCGAUCAGAUGCACUGCUACGAGGUGGGGCACACGCACUGCUACCACCUAGCGGGCGAUUGUCGGAACGCGCUGUGCGUGGCGCGGGAGGCGGGGAGAGAGGAUGUCGAGAGGUUUUUGCUGGAAAGGGGCAUCGAGGAUAAUUGUGGGAGCCAGUGUGCGGGGCGCCAUGAUUUGGAGGACGAUGUGUGA